UUUGUAAAUGAUAAGGAAGGUAUAGAAGAAGAAAUAAUAACAUCCGUAAUAAUACUAGCUUUAUCAAAUGGCUACAGUGACGGACAAAGCAGUCGGUGCGAGCCUAGUUGGCUUCAGCCUUCUGUUGUUUACAUAUUACUCUAUUUGGGUAAUUGUACUGCCCUUUGUAGAUGCAGAUCAUGUGCUGCACCAGUAUUUCCUGCCCCGGGAGUACACAGUCAUUCUACCUGGCGUUGCAGCUCUAGUAGUUCUGCUCUGUAUAGGGGCCUUUGUCGGGGCUGUCAUGCUGAAGAAUCGCAAGCCGAAGAAAGUGGACUAGAGGCGGAACCGCAGAACCUGGGCGGAACAUUGGAAUAGUUGCCUUGUCUACCGCAGCGCUCUGUCAGACCCUCGUCUGCUAUAGCCACGUUCAUUCCGGUUGUGAUUCAGGAACACCCCCGCAGCGUCUGCGCUUUACAUGGACAUGUUUCAUGUGUGUUGGACUCGUGCUCAAACACAUGUUGAAUAUGAAUUUGGGGUGAAUUUUGGGGUUUUGGGAUCCUUUGAUUCAACACCUGGGAUUCUGUGAUGCCUUAGGAGGUUGUCUUGAACUCAUGAUAGGUUAGUUGCGAUGAUAUAUUUAUGGAAGAUGUAUAGUAAACGGUAUCUGACUGUGAGCUAGACCUAGUCAGUCAUUUCCAAUUGCAAGCCACAAUAACCAGCCUAAAUAUCAGAAUUAUUUAUUGAGCUGAAUUCAGGCAAAUUCACAACAGGUUAGGACAUUUGAAAAGGCCCAGGGGUAAAGAGAUUUAUAUCAAAUUGUUUUUU